CUCCUUUGGCGGCCUCCUCGUAUCUACCUCUAUUUCUCUCUCCCUCGUGUUCAUCUUUCUAUGAAGACACAGUCUUCUUCCUAACCCUUCCCCGUACCUUUCCUCACCUCCUCCGGCUUCUACCUUUCCGUUUACUUCUACUUCUCCAUACCUUCCCUCGUCUCCUCCGGAGUCUCCCUUUCCAUUUACUUCUACUCCCAAGUAAUCGCCGAUCAUGGCACCAGCCUUCGUUCACCGUGAUCGGAAUACCAUCUGCGUCAUGGACGCGUCAUGUAGCCUCGGUGUCUCGCUCGUCGACAGGCUCCUACAAAGAGGAUACACUGUUCAUGCCGCUGCUUACAACCAUGGUGACUCGAGUGGCAAUCUGAAGAGGCUAUCCGGCGAGAACACCCGGCUUAAGCUCUUUCAAGCGGACCCCUUCGACUACCACAGCAUCGUGGAAGCCAUGAAGGGUUGCUCGGGCCUGUUCUACACCUUUGAGCCUCCUCAGGAUCAAUUCUAUGACGAGCUCAUGGUCGAAAUCGAGGUGAGGGCAGCACACAACGUGCUGGAAGCAUGUGCUCAAGUCGAAACCAUCGAAAGGGUCGUCUUCACCUCAUCGGUGACGGCCGUCGUUUGGUCGGAGAACCAAGAACCGGUGACGGACGUGGACGAGAGGGGAUGGAGCGAACCCAGCUUCUGCAGAACGUUCAAGCUUUGGCACGCGCUGGCGAAGACGUUAGCGGAGAAGACGGCGUGGGCCAUGGCGAUGGACCGAGGCGUCGACAUGGUCGCCGUCAACGCCGGGCUCGUAACGGUACCAGGGAUCUCCGUCACCAGCCCCUACCUGAAGGGCGCGCAGCGGAUGUACGAGGGCGGCGUCUUGGUGACGGUGGACGUCGGCUUCCUAGUCGACGCCCACGUCGCCGUUUACGAGAGCCCGUCUGCUUACGGACGUUAUCUCUGCUUCAGUGACGCCGUUUGCCGCCCUCAUGACGCCGUUAAGCUCGCCCAGUUGCUCUCUCCGUCCGACGCCGGCGCUCCCCCAUGUGAUGAGUUGAGGGUUGUACAACAGCGGAUCCAGAACAAGAAGCUUCACAAGAUGAUGGUGGAAUUUGACGCGGGUAAACACGUGGACGAGUAGCAGCAAUUCAAUUAGUGCCCUUGAUGAAUAAGGACGAGGAAGUAUCAAUUGUAUAGAUGCACUGUGCUCCUAUCAAAUAUAAAUAUAUAGAGAUUGCAUUCCAUAAAA